AGAGAAGAACAAGAAGUGGGUUUGGGCAAAGCAAGCGAGAGAGAGACAAAGAAGAAGCUAAAGAGAGAAAAUGAGCGGCGCCGGGAAGAAAUUGGCGGAUGUGGCUAACAAGACCUUCAAGGUCGGAAAGACCAUUGACUGGGACGGCAUGGCCAAGCUCAUGGUCUCCGACGAGGCCCGCAAGGAGUUCGCCUCUCUCCGACGCGCCUUCGAUGAGGUUAACCACACCCUCCAGACCAAGUUCAGCCAGGAGCCUGAGCCGAUUGACUGGGAGGCUUACAGGAAAGGAAUCGGGUCUCGCUUGGUGGAUAUGUACAAGGAGGCCUACGACAAUGUUAAGAUUCCCAAGUAUGUGGAUACAGUCACUCCCGAGUACAAGCCUAAGUUUGAUGCAUUGUUGGUGGAACUAAAGGAAGCAGAGGAAAAAUCUUUGAAGGAGUCAGAGCGCUUAGAGAAGGAGAUAGCUGAAGUACAAGAAUUGAAGAAAAAAAUUAGCACCAUGACAGCUGAUGAAUACUUUGAGAAGCAUCCUGAGCUCAGGAAGAAAUUCGAUGAUGAGAUCCGGAAUGACUACUGGGGUUAUUGAUGACAUCCAAGGCUUCAGUACUUGGCUAUCUUUCUCGAUAGUGUCAUGUUUUCCCAUUGUCCAAUAAUAAAAAGAACCAUGUUGAUUAUCUCUGUAGUUUGGUUACUCUCAGUUUGAUGAAUGUGAGCUUUAAGCCUUUAAGAGCAGCCCUUCAGAA